AUGGCUCCUCAUGUGCCCGGCAAGGACAUGGACUCAGUGAACUCGUCUCUUCUUCUCGCUCUGGUGUACCAUGGCGCUAUCAAACGUCUUACCGCCGCCCAGGACAUUAUUAAAACUCUCUCUAUUUCUUACAAAAAGGAGAAUGAUGACCAUGCUAAGUGCGAGCAGCUAGACUACCUCUACGCUGCUGGCCUUAUUUUGAUUGCGGCCAUGAGGAUCACCUAUCUAAUUAACGGAACCCAGCAUUGUGGAUCUCCCACAGCCGCGAUUGAUAGGUCGAUGACUACCGUGGAGAAUGAUGUGCGGCAGGUUGAUCACCUUCUUCGAUAUUACCAGGAAAGGUGCGAACAGGUACCUAGACUCAAACGCCACAUGGAACGUUGCAGAGAUGCGUUGGCAAUGAUCAGGCUGCAAUAUGUAUCCUCUUCAGUGAUCACGGAUAAUGAGAUAACCUUCUGCCGGAAUGUGUGGCUCCGAAUCUAUGAUAGACUGAGCCUAGACAUCCCAUUCCAGCGGUUUUCCCAUGGCUGGGCAGACAAUGGUAAAACUACUGGGCGUAGGAUGACCUUCGGUUGGCUGGAAAGCCUUUCAUUUGACCUGGAUAGUCAAGGGGAGUAG